UGGCAUGUUGGCUAUGCACCUGUGAGAUACGUAUUACAAAGAACAAUCACACUUACAUUUUCACGUCCAGUUGCAAAAAUGUUCACUUUGGUUAAGAUAAUACGUAUUUCUAAAUAAUAAGUUAAGAACAGUAAAUAACACAAGUACCCUUCAUCUAUAUUUCGUGACCAUAACUGUCAGAACAUAAGUAACGUAAACAACAAAGUAUUUGUGAUAAUUAGCCAUGAUUAAAUUUAAAUUAGUUUGCAUUAAUUAUUCUAAAAUAAAUGAAUUUAAAUGUAGCAAAUACAUUUGUUAAAUUCAAUUUAAUACGCUAACCGGAUGUGCGGCAAUCUUAGCUGACUAUUUUAUUAUAAUGUCCAAGCUAAUAAUAAAUAUGUAAAUAUAUUUAUUAUUAGCCUUCCUAAAUUCCUAAAGAUUUAUUUAAUAAUUUUCGUAUGAAUUGUAUUUGCUAUAUUUAAUUAUUAUCAUAACCGGAUGUACAGGAAAUAUCGUAGUUUGUUUGUCCCACCAAGAAGGGGUGGAAGGGGCACAAUCUAAGCAAAUAUAAGCGGGUGUCUGGCAGUUGUGGGUCACUUCCCAGUUGGAAAGCUAACGACAACGAACCAAGUUAAGUGUCAAUUUUAUAUUUUUUAUUCGUGAUUUUAUGACCUGUUAUAAAUCUUUUUGUGUGAUUUCUUUUUAUUGUGGUCAGAUGGUAUGUACGUUACAAUAUUUAAUGUGAAUAUAAACCUUUGUUGACAUAAUAAGCGUGAUUUUUAAUUCGUUUCUAAUUACUAUGUAACGUAUAUUCCAACUGAUUAUUGUAUGAGAUAUUAUAUAGGUACCUUACGCCAUUUGCUCGCUUUUGUUACUGCUUUAAAUUAUGUCAAGUGUGUACGUUAAGGAAGCCAGUACUUAAUAAUAAGCCACCAUUUCAUAGCGAUUAUUAUGCAGCGUACUUACUUGACUAAUUUAAUGAUACAGUAUUAACAUUUUGUGAAUGAUGUGAUAACAAGGCGGAUUAUGUAAUCGAUCAUAUGCAGUAAGUUUACAAUAUACUUUUACUUAUAUUUGUUAUUUAAAUACACUAAUUUAUAGCUAAAUACUGAAUAAUAAUCAUGUUUACCCCUUUCUAUGUUUUUCAUAUCCUAAACCUUGUAGUCAUCCCUAUAAAUAUAUAUUACUCUCAGCUUUAACAAGCUGGUGUUAAUUAAUUAAUGCAUUACCAUCUUAGUUCCUAUUUCAUUAAUAUAAAUUAAUUAGAUAAAAUAUAUUUUUAGUGGUGAAAUAAUCUUUACCUUAUGCUUUAUCUUAAUAAAUCUAACAUCAGAAGUGGGAUACGACCUUCGUUUACAUAUUUCAUCUAUACAUUUCAGAAUGAGUGCUGCAUCAUUAGAAGAACUCUUAAAAGCGAUUCGUGAUGCCGUCACCACAACACAGCACAAUCUGAAGGAUGACGACAUUGCGCUGCCGUUGUUCGACCCGGAGCGGAGCGACAGCGGAGCUGCCGGCUGGUGCGACAGCAUCGAAGCACUGGCAAAGGAGUUCAACUGGAGUGACAUCAAAACUGCAGCCAAAGCCGUGCGCAGUGCUGCGUGCUGAGGUGGUGAAGCGGAAGGAGGAAGCGGAGCGCGAGCGGAACCUGCGGAGCGAGGCGGCGGCGCGCCUCAAGGAGCUCGAGGAGAAGUUCUCGCUGCUCGGGGCUCGGGCUAUUCACAUGCUGGGGGUCAAGGAGCAGGCGCUCGAGCAGGAGGUAGCAGUGACCACGCUGAAGCAGUGCUACCGCGAGGCGCGAGAAGAGAUCGAUGAACUGCGUAUGCUGCAGGCCGAACAGAACUUACAGGUCCAGGACUACCGCGCUAAGUACCAACGCGCGCAGCAGACCAUCGAGGAGCAGAAGAGACAACUGUCGCUGCAGGACAUGGACAACCAGCGGAUCGCCGACCAGAUUAACCUCGAAAUCCAGCGGAUUAAGCUGAAAUUCCAAGAGAAGCUGUCGGAGCUCUCUCCCCUGCCCGCGGUGCUGAAGCACACGCAGCGGCGCCUGAUGGAGGCGCAGCAGAGCCAGGCCCUCGCCGAGCACAAGGCCGACAGCCUCGCCAGGGAGCUGGCCACCGCCAGGGAGAAGUUGCACAUGCUCCUCCACACAAUCACGAAGCCGCCGCCCGAGAAGGGCCCCGAGAAGAACUACGACGAGAAGAUGGUCGCGCAGGCGCAGGCGCGCGCGGCCCAGCUGGCCGAGACCAACGCUACGCUCAAGCAGGAGAUCGAGCGGCUCAAGUUGAACGUGAUCCGCAUGGAGGAGACGGUGAUGCUGACGGACAAGCGGCUGCAGGAGAAGAUGCACGAGUGCGCGGCGCUCGGCGGCGAGCUGGAGCGCGCGCGCGACCACGCCACCAGGGAGGUCCUGCUGGCCAACCAGCGGGCGGACACGGCGCGCGCCUGCCUGGAGAGCACGGCCACGGAGAUGGAGCGCCGGCUGGCCGCCGCCAACCGGGCGCUCGCCGCCGCCGAGCUGGACCGCGACGAGGCCCCGGCGGGCGCGUACCCGGGCGCCUGCGCGCUGCUGGACUCCUCGCUGGCGCCGCGCUGCUCCUGCACGGUGCUGGCAACGCGCUGGGCGCUCACGGCGGCGCACUGCGCGAAGCCCGAGGUGGCCUACGUGCAGUUUAAUGGACGGGAUCGCUCCGACUCCAAUCUCGCGACUGUAAAGCUCGUCUACGCACAUCCCUCGUUCGAGGCCGUGGUGAGGGACCUGGGCGAGGGCCCGGACGUGGUGACGCUGCAGCACGACCUGGGCCUGGUGCGCACGCGCAGCAACAUGGUGCUCUCCUCCUACUCGUACUUCCCCGUCCCCCGCGCCCCGCGCACCAACGGCGACAUCGUCAGCGGCAUGAUGCUGUACCAUAUCGAGGAUCUGAUAGAUAAGGAUCAUGUUCGGGUCAAAAUCAGAUCCAUGAAGCGCCUGCGCAAAUACUAUAGCAAAGCGCCACAGAGGUCAAUCUCCUCUCGUAUUAAUUUAAGAUAUUGUCAAAAUUUGCAUGUCACUUACUUAUUCCUGUACCACAAGACAGAUUACACGUCUCAUAUAUUUUAUUUUGAGUUUUUCUACUAUAAGCCCGUCAGACCCUUGAACAUGGUCCUUCGAACCGGAUAUAAUUGAAGGAACCAGCAUUUAUAGGAGGACCGAAGGGAAAUACCUAUAUAUUACCAAUUUAUCACUGAGGAUAUUACGACUGCCGAGGCUGUGAUGAAGAAAUUCACCAGGACAUCGGAAUCCAGCAGUGUUGAGUGUGUUAGGAGUUGUUAGGGUCCAGCACUCGUUAUUAAGGUAUAAUUAGGUAGGAUUUAUGGUGGAAAAACCAGGUUAGUGAAUAUUUUAUUGUUUAAAGUGUAUUGGUAUUUAUUAAGGUCCGAUCAAUUUGUAAGUUAGUUCGUUGUAUUUAUUUAAAUGUGAUAUUCAUCUAGUCAAUUCUUAAUUAUUUUAUUUAUUUGAAACUCACAAUAAAUUGAAUUGAUGUUCGUUUAAAUAACUUACUUUUGUCAACGCAACUUCUGACCGUUAAUUUACCGCUAUUCGUGUAGGUACGCUUAUUCUAUUCACUCGAGACUAGUCGUAAUCUUUAAUUUAUUUGUAUUGUGGAUUAUUUUAAACAGGAAUUAUUACUAGGGAUUUUAAAUAAAAAUUGUAUUUUAAAUUGAAUAAUUUUAUAUGAAUGAUAAUCUGCGAAUGUAUGGUCUUUGUUAAUAGGUACAAUAAGAUAAUAGUUUAGUAUAUUUUACAUUAUUUUACACGAAUCAAUCAAUUAUUUACAUUUUAUUCGUGAUUUUGAAUUAUUUAUUAUAAUUUUAUUGUAAAAUCUUACGAACUAGACUAUUUUAGCUUAUUGACUAAACUGAACACAAAGUGUAAUUUUAAUUAUUAAAUUGUUUCAAUAAUCGUGUUUACAUCUAUUAAUUGUUUACAUUCAAGGUCUACGUACACCAGCUUCCCAAAAAUGGUUGAUGAAAAGGAUUUAAUUCGCAAAAGAGGCAGUUACAAAGGUCAACUAACCUUGUUUACUACAUACCUAGGCACAGUGAAGGAAUCGUCAUUAACUCAAGCUGAGGCUAGUCAAUUGCAGUUGCGUAUAGGUAAGAUUGAGGCAUUGUAUGAGCUUUACGAUGAUGUACAGACACAGUUAGAGUGCAGCAGUGACAAUUUGGACGCACAUAUCGCAGAGCGAGACGAG